CAGGCUCCACCAUCCACACACUGUAAGGUCCAAGUGCCACAAGGAGACUAUAUUCCUCUAAAAUAAUGGAUGGGACAAAGCCGGCCAUGGAGUCCAACGCAGAGGAGACUCAAGACGAGGGACAGGAGAGCAAAGGAUGCUUCGAGUGUUGCAUCAAGUGUCUGGGCGGCGUGCCCUACGCCUCCCUGGUGGCCACCAUCCUCUGCUUCUCAGGUGUGGCUCUGUUCUGCGGCUGCGGCCAUGUGGCGCUCACUGGCACUCUGACUAUGCUGGAGAACCACUUCUCCAGGGUCACCACGGACCACGCCACCCUCGCCAUGGUGAUCCAGAUCUUUCAGUACAUCAUCUACGGCAUCGCCUCGUUCUUCUUCGUCUACGCUAUCAUCCUGCUGGCUGAGGGCUUCUAUACCACCAGCGCCAUCAAGAAGGAGCUGCAGAGCGACUUCAAGACCACCGUCUGUGGACGCUGCAUCACCGCCUUCUUCAUGUUCCUGACCUACAUCCUCGCUCUGGCCUUCCUUGCCAUUUUUGGCUUUACGGCGAUACCCGUUUUCCUGUUCUUCAACAUGUGGAAUACCUGCGCUGCCAUGAGGUCUCCUGACGCCAACAUCACCCUGCCGGACUCCAUCUGUGUGGACGUCAGGCAGUACGGUAUUAUUCCCUGGAACGCCACUCCAGGAAAAGCUUGUGGAGCCACACUGGGGGACAUCUGUAACACCAGCGAGUUCUACCUGUCCUACCACCUCUACAUCGUCGCGUUUGCUGGCGCCGGAGCCACCGUCAUCGCAUUGAUCCACUACCUGAUGAUUUUGGCGGCCAACUGGGCCUACCUGAAGAGCGCCGUCUCCACGCACGAAUACCAAGACAUCAAGACCAAGGACGACCAAGAUCUGGAGGCCGAGGCGCGCUCCAAGGAGGGCCAGAACUCCUCCUCCUACUCAUAAGGACAAGCGAUCCUCUCCCGCCUCCACCCAUCUCCUCUCCACACCUCAAACCCCCCACCCUGCAACACCCAGCGCCCACCCCUCCCUCCGUUAAAACAAACCACCUCGGUCAUGUUUGAUAGUCCCCCAACCUCCUGAUUCUCCAUCCUCUUCCCUUCCGUGAUGUUUAUUAAGAGUUGUGGGCGAGAAGAGAAGAGAAUAGAGGAUCAGGAGGAAGCGGCAGGCCCAGACGGAGGCAGAUGCUUCAGAACGGGAGAGCUCGCCCGCCGGGGUGGAGCUCAGGUACGGUACAUCAGUUCAGAAGCGUCUCCUCCCCCGUGCUUUUGGGCGGCGGCUCGUGAACGUGGCCCGGCUGUGAUGGCCUCGCGCCCUGAGCCAGCACAGCCUCUCGACACACAGCUCCUAACAGCCUAAAAAAAACAUUGUUCACUGUCUGCUUCAGCCACAGGGAAGCCAGGCAGCGACCAACUUCCUCCGUUUUUUGGUGUUUUAUAUGCAUAUAUAUAUGAAUAUGAAUAUAUUGUGCGAAUGUGUACGAAUGUUGUUGUUUUUUUAAUACUCUCUGAAAAAGUAUGCCAGGUCCUAUUACAAAUUUCUUCUUCUUUAUGUUUUUGCGCUCAUUAGGUUUUUCCUCCUUUACUUUCUUCUCCAUUUUAGACUUUUUAUUGCUAAUGCUCGUUGUUGCACUACUACGAAACUAAAAAAAUAAGGGAGAAUCCCUAAAAAAACACAAAGCACCCCAGCCCCCUCUCUCUCAUAGAAACACCUUAAAAACUCCAAUCAUGUGGUAUCUCAAGGAUUAUUGUGCAUUUACAUGAUCAGAGUUUAUUUAUCUGCCAAGGUAUUAACCGUUUAUUUAAGACCACAGGUGUAGCAAAUCUUUAGUAAUGGUAUAGUUAUAGAAAAUAGGCUUUUUAGCUUCCUCGUCAAAGUUAGAUGAGAAGUUUGAGACCAAUCUCAUGUCUGUAUGAUACAAAGCUACAUCUAGCAGCCUGCUAGAAUAAAGACUGCCUGUUUAGAGGCAACAGAGUGCACCAUUACCCCGCCAGCCUACGCCUACAGUGCGUCGAGUAGUGGAGUUUACACACCAUUUAACAGUUAUCAUAGGCAGCUGAUCUGCAGGACCCACCGCUAAAUUUCAGUGCAGAGAGUGGCAUUUAUGUCACAAUGACCAUGUGGCCCCAACAAACACAAACAAGUCAAGGGAGAUUGAUAAAACAGAGAAGUGAUUAUGUCAUUUAGGUGGGAAUACAAUCAUAUUGUGAAUGUUACUGUCAGUGCAGGCAAUCAUUUCCCAACUAGGAAAGCCACCACGGCUUUUGCCCUGGUGGCCGACACUGCUGUGUGUUUUGUCAGCUGACAAUUAUGUUGUUGCUGCUGCUGAUGACAGAUAACACACCAUUUAACCUUCUGAAACCUUGGCAAAUUGGCUUGAUUCCUUUGAAAACAUAGGACGAAGGCAAUGAGCAACCCAAAAUUAGC